ACUAAAAUUGAAAAGAAAGAAAGUAAAAAUUAAAAAAAGAAAGAUAUCCUCUGCAGUCUCCACCUGUCUUUCUCUUUCUUAGUGGAAAAAGAUGUCUAAUAGGUGCAGCAUUUUCCUAUCCUGGCAAAUGUAAAAAAACAGGUAUUGGCAAACAGAAACACCCUUUCUAGCAUAGGGAUUUGAUCUCUCCACCUUGGUGAAAGCCUUGUGACCCAUAAGGCUUUUACAGAAGGUGGGAUUUUGACUAGCAGGGUGUUUGGCUGUUGAGUUUAUGGAGGGCCAAGUUCCUUGUUGAACAGUGUUUGUGUUGCCUUUAUCUGCAGCUUUUAAUUGAACCAAUCCUACCCUCUUUGUUUCCAUAUGAAAAGAUCGGUUUUUUGUGAUUCCUCCGCUCAUUGUUGUUGAAGGGUCUCGUGAAAUCAAUCUAGUUUUGAGACCUGUUUACUGGCAGAGGUGACGGAGUUUCAGUUUUGUAAGUGCAUGAUCAUAAUAAUAAGGUUUUUAUAGAAAAGAAAAGUUGAGAAUAAGAUGGGGGAAGAUGGUAAUUCUUGGAUUAGGAGGACAAAUUUUUCACACACAGUGUGCCAUCGUUUGGAUCCUGCUAGAUUAGGCUCUAUUCCUAUCAGUGUUCAGUCAGAGCAGAAAUCAAGGCCUUCCUCAAAGGCUCAGAGACACCCUAUGACAUUCAAGCAGAGAUCUUUGUCACCAUUGCCUGAGACUUAUCUUUCUGAGGCCUUCAGGGAAGCUAGACUUGAACAGAAGAGGUUCUCCACACCGAAUCCCCGGAGGGAAAAGAGGAUUAUGGGGAAGUUGUUGAACAAGGAUUCUCGGGAGACUAAGGAAUCAAGUUCAAAGUCACCUUCGCGUAGUCCAAAUAGGCAAGUGAAGUCAAAGAACCGCAAGGAUUCAGCAUGGACUAAGCUUUUGGACAAUGGUGGAGGAAAGAUUACUGCUGUGGAAACAGCUGAAGAGUGGAAUGUUGACAUGUCUCAGUUGUUUUUUGGCCUAAAGUUUGCUCAUGGUGCACAUAGUCGACUUUACCAUGGUGUAUAUAAGGAUGAGGCUGUUGCUGUUAAAAUCAUUAUGGUACCCGAGGAUGAUGGAAAUGGAGCUUUGGCUUCUCGAUUAGAGAAACAGUUCAUUAGAGAAGUCACCCUUUUAUCUCGUCUUCACCAUCAAAAUGUUAUAAAGUUCUCAGCAGCAUGUAGAAAGCCACCGGUUUAUUGUAUUAUCACAGAAUAUCUGGCGGAAGGAUCCUUGAGGGCAUAUUUGCAUAAAUUGGAACACCAAACUAUUUCUCUACAAAAGCUAAUAGCUUUUGCUCUGGAUAUUGCUCGUGGAAUGGAAUAUAUACAUUCUCAAGGUGUCAUUCAUCGAGACCUUAAACCAGAGAAUAUCCUUAUCAACGAAGACAAUCACCUUAAAAUUGCCGAUUUUGGCAUUGCAUGUGAGGAAGCAUCUUGUGACUUAUUGGCUGAUGACCCUGGCACCUACCGUUGGAUGGCACCUGAGAUGAUCAAAAGGAAAUCCUAUGGGAAAAAGGUUGAUGUCUACAGUUUUGGGCUUAUCUUAUGGGAGAUGUUGACUGGAACGAUACCAUAUGAGGAUAUGAAUCCAAUACAGGCUGCUUUUGCAGUAGUAAAUAAGAAUUCAAGACCGAUUAUUCCAUCAAACUGCCCUCCUGCAAUGCGAGCUCUAAUUGAGCAAUGUUGGAGCUUGCAACCAGACAAGAGGCCUGAGUUCUGGCAGGUUGUUAAGAUAUUAGAGCAAUUUGAAUCUUCACUUGCCAGUGAUGGAACCCUGAGCCUGGUGCCAAAUCCUUGUUGGGAUCAUAAGAAAGGGCUUCUUCAUUGGAUUCAAAAGCUUGGUCCCUUGCACCAAAAUAGUGGCCCCGUGCCUAAACCCAAAUUCACAUGAAUCUUUCAAGUGUCCUGGCUUUUAUUGUAACACCAGGUCCAUUGUAAUUAAAAAUGAAAGGUUUGUUUUUUCAGGUUCUCUGGUUGUAGUCACUUUAUGAAAUUUCUAUAUUGAUUUUUAGGCUUGCAAGUAAAGGUGAAAGCAUCCUUUUUUUGCGCAGUGUGCAUACAAAACUUAUGAAACUCUGGCUUCAUGUGUAGUUGGUUGUAGUUGACACUUCAUCCCAAAAUUUAAACACUCCUCUUCCACUUUACUCCUUACAAAUGAAAAUUUAUAAUUCCGGUGA